AUGGCGUUCACCGUCUUCCACACCGAAGAAUACAUUCACACGGCAUGGCAUACUUGUGUUACUCAUCCAGCGUUGAGAUCCAUGCGACCGAGCGAGAGCAUUGAGCAUCGUUGGAGCCAGCAAGCCUCAUUGAUCUCAAGCAUCCAGGCUUUUUCCCCUCUCCGGUGGAUAUGUAUGUCUCAACGAGGCUUGCUUUCAGGAAGACACUGCAGUUACAAUGUCCAGGCAGUUUCAAGAAACAUCCAAUUCUUGUAUCAUAACCAGUACAGAUUGCACACUCUCCAUGAAAGGUGUUAUUCUGGAAGGAGAUAUGGGAUAUGUGGAAAGCAGGACAGUACUCCUCAAGCAACCGCUCCACCGGUCUUGCCUUCUACUGCAAAACAUGUCAACUUGGUCCCAGUUGAAAUUAUACCAUUCACUGGCAUACCAGGUCUAGUAUUAGGCAGCUCUACCAACUCCUGGAUAUUCAUGCACAGGCAGAAGCAUUUCACCUAUUGGGGAUCAUAUCCAAUGAUGAGUCCAAGAUAUACAUCAAGACUUUUAUAG